CACACGAAUAAUACUGUAUAACGGAAAUGGUUGCAUCGCAAUAUGCUCUGUACAGUGCUGCUAUUGAUCAUUGUCACUCAUGGGUUGUAAUGGCCCCCUAUACCGCUUGCGAUAUCAUAGAGAAGGAUGUAUAUUAUUUCAUAAUAAAAUGAUACAAUCAACCCCGGCCAUCAACAUCACAGCACGUGUGCGGAGUGUAUAACAAAACGAUAUUUCUCUACGUUGCGGAUCACUGGUGGUGAGCGUCGAGACGCCACUGUUGGUUUUGUGUAACACACAUUCGUGUGGUUAACGAAUAUACUGCAGUGAAACCAUAGAGAUAUAUACUAAGUGAAAGCAUAAAACAGUGGCUUCCCGGCGAUGCUCUUUAUAUCUACAGUUGAUGCCACCAUUCAGUGUGGUCGACGAACUGGAUUAUUCUAUACACAUCCCAGAUACAUAUAAUGCAGAAUGGCCUUUGAAUAACAUGCAGUAGUCGGCUCUUCAAAUGUGUGAACGUAAUUAUGUGGGUUCAUUUUAGAAUAAUCUAUGGUGAUUGUACCUUCUUCAUUAGCAACGAGUCAUGGAGAUAAAGAAGGCACUGAUCGUUGGAUUAUCAUUAACUCUAACAUUGGUUAUAUGCCUUUAUCUUGCUUUCUCCGAGAAUCGUCAGUAUAUCCGACAUGUUUCAUCAAUUAUGCCAAACUUCAACAUUGUGAGGAAAGCCUUUCGCAUAGAAAGCAAGCCACUUAAAAAUGGAGGCGAGGGUUCUUUACUAAUGAAAGGGGCAACAGGGAAUUUGAGCCACAGUCAGAGUGAGACUCCUUGUUAUCGUCAAGUACAGGUGUGGGACGGCAGCAAACUAGCCCAAACACCGAGAAAAUCUCAAUGUCCUGGCCUCAAAUGUGGAAUAAGCUUUGUCAAGGAUAGAAGUUACGUGACUAUGAUGAAGAGCGAUGCCGUAGUUUUCUUUCAUUUAUCUCGGUGGAGUUGGGCAGAAGUGCUCAAUAGACGGCCAUUGAAUCAAGCCUGGGUUUUCUAUUCCUUGGAGAGUCCUCCAUUGACUGGUAGAAAUGCAUUGCCACCAAGAAUACUAGACCAUAUUUUCAACUAUACGAUGUCAUACAGGCCGUCUUCAACGAUUCCCUCUCCUUAUGGUAUAUAUGACGAUACCCUGCCACAAAUACCUCAGGACCAAAAUAAAAAUUGGGCCGAAGGUAAAACUAGAUUAGUGGCCUGGGCUUCAUCCAAAUGCUUUGGACACGGUGGGAUCCAGUCUUGGAGGAGAAGAAACUUUGUAAAGACACUUUCAAAGCACGUAAGUGUCGAUAUGUAUGGCCAAUGUGGGGACCAAGUUUGCCCGAGAUAUUCACAGGGGUGCUGGACCCAAAUCAAAGCUCACAAGUUUUAUCUGGCAUUGGAGAACAACGAAUGCCGAGAAUACAUCACGGAGAAGUUCUGGGUAAACGCCCUCCGUAACGACAUCGUACCCAUCGUCUACGGACCCCCGAGGGAAGAUUACGAGCGAGUUGCGCCACCAAAUUCGUUUAUACAUCUCCAGGACUUCAGGAAUAUGAGUGAACUUGUGGAUUAUAUUAAUCUUCUUGAUGCUAAUGAUACCUUGUACAAUCAGUAUUUUGAAUGGAAGAAACGGGGCUCAGUAAAGUUUGUUGGAGAAUACAAAAUCUUGCAAGCGCAGUUCAUGUGUAAAGUGGUCUCUAAAUUGUUGGAUGACGAAAAUACGUUAAAUGGUAAUUACCAUGCACCAAGAGAUGCGAAUCCUUCAAUACAUGACUAUUGGUCAACUUCAUGUCCCAAACCAAAAGGAUUUCCUCAUGAUUUCUAGAAAGAUGUCAAUACUAAAGUUAUUUUUUUCUUCUACAACUGUAUAUACAAAUGAUUGGU